GAGCAAGAUGUGGUUCUUCAGUCUAUUGACCGUGCCAUUGAGGCUGUGCACAAUGCGGCCAUGAAGAAUGGGGGAAAGUACAACCUAGAGCAGAGAGAUGUCCUCCAAAAGCUGAUCCAUCACCGGAAGGAGACAGUGUCCCGCAAAGGUCACUCCCCCACCCCUCAGGGGAUGGUUAUGACACAGUCCUCCAGCGAUCACCAUCUGGACGUGGCCCGACAGCCCAACGGGGUGUGCCGGACAGGAUACGAGCGCCAUCACAGUCUUCCAAACACUGAGUUCGAGGAGGAGGAUGAAGGUCUCUAUCAGAUCCCACCACAGCCCCGGCGUGCGGCUCCUGUCACCCCCCCACCUCCAGAGAAACGCAAGAACGCGCAGAUUGCUGCUCCUGUUAAAAAUGCUGUUGAAAUUAUCCCUGGGUCAGCUUCUAGUGCCUCCUCUAUAAGCACAACAUCCCUGGAUACUCUGUACACCGCUUCUUCUGCAUCAGAACCCACCGCCACCUCCAGCCCCGCCAACUCCCCCCCCCCUGUCCCGAGCCGGAGCGUCCACACCACCAUAACACGGAAUUUGGAUGCUGGCUCUGUGACCCGCUAUGGGACUUCCUCAAAGGAUGGGGCCAGCAAAUCUCCCCAGGCCAAGAGGGCUGCCCCAGCACCGCCUGCUGAAGGGGGGGCCCAGAGGUCCCACGCUGUGGAUGGGGAGAAGACUUCUCAGGUGAAGAAAGCUGCCCCAGCUCCCCCUGCAAGCCUGGAUGCCUUCAGCUCCCUCUGCCUGGAGGAUAAGAAGGUGGCUGCGGUGGAGCCAGUGCCAGCAGAACCCGGUGGUCUGGCAGCAUCCGUGCCCAAGACGAUAGGUGCCGAACUGAUCGAGCUGGUGCGCAGGAACACCCACCUCAGCUACGAGCUGUCCCGUGUGGCCAUCGGUGUGGUCAUCGGCCACAUCCAGACCUCCAUCCCAGCAACCAGCAGCAUCAUGGAGCAGAUUCUCAUCUCUGUGGUGGAGAGUAAG